AUGUCUAGUUCAGAUGAUACAGACUCUGACAGUAGCGUUGAGGUCUCUGAUGAUUCGGACAUUGUAAGCAGUGACGUCGAAUCUGGGGGUGAUGAAGACAUGGAGUCCAACGAUAACAACGAUCGGCUUUCUGAUACCAAUGCCCGCAAUCGGGUCUCUGAGUCUGUAUUCCUUGAGGGAACCGAGAGUGCUGCGAAUGUACUAUUCUUUACUGGGGCAAGUCUCGCUGCGUCGAUUGCCCGGCCUGUCAGCACCAAUAAGACGAGUGAUGGGCCAGUAAUUCAAAAUACUUACAAUAGUGCCGCCGGUGUCACCUCGAAUGUCCGGACAAUUAACACCAAUAUACUCACGGCAAAGAAUCCUUGUAUUAGUAUCACAGGUGACUCAUUUGCAUGGACUGUUAACAUCAAUAAAUCCAUGGCUCAGAACCCUCAAACCGGAUGUGAUAUAAAUAGCAAUAGUAUUGCUCCUAAACCCCAUGCGAACAAGCCACCCACCCAACCCGGUCCUUCGUUUAGAAUCUCAACUUCCUCAGAAGAAAACACGGCUACGUCGCAGAAAAGUCAAGUAUCUGACGCCGUGCGGGCGUUGGAAGACAGGGUUCAUAGUGACAUGUGCCACGAUCAUUUGAAUAUGCCUUGGUGCGGUCAAAACUAUGGAACAACGCCGAAUACAGUCAAUCAACAACCCGGCAAUAUCCCCACCAAGACAAGUAUUUUGGGUUGUUUUAGCGAGCCUCUUCGGUGUAUAUUUGGUGGACCAUGGAUUUACACCCCUUUGCCAUCCCCUUCACAUAUCCGCGUUCUGGCAAUUCAACCUGGAGUUAAUGACGACAUUCUGGUGGCCUCUUUCGAGAUCUUGGACCUGAACACAGCAAACUGUCAUCAUGAAGCUGUUUCUUACCAGUGGAGUGAGGGCGGUGGUCAGAAAGCGUCCAUAUAUCUCGGAGGCGAAAAGAUAUUUAUCAACGCGUAUCUGCGAAGCAUUCUUCUUCAUCUUCGGCUCAAACGACAUGUUAGGAUACUUUGGGCCGAUGCCAUUUGUAUCAACCAGGCAGAUCAUGUGGAGCGCCUUCAACAAGUCAGCAUAAUGCAAAGGAUCUAUUCUGAAGCAUUUAGAGUUAUUGGAUUUGUUGGCAAGGAUUGCCUUCACGCUGGUACGUGCUUCAGUGCUAUUGAAGCUUUGACUGCGUCAUGGUUCAAUGCUCGGAAGAGCUUCGGUGAAGAGGACAGUAUUUCUUACACUCCCGGUAGAAUUCAUCGCAGUGAUGAAGACGCUAUGACUAGGAUUGUUGAGAUAUUUCGGAGUGGUUAUUGGAAGCGGUUGUGGGUAGUCCAAGAGCUGGUUUCCUCCCGUCGUGCCAUUAUUCGAUGGGGAGACGCCGAGAUAUCGUGGACUUUAUUGGGGCUCGCAACAACUCUGAUCCGAAAUGACCAAAGGUUGAUGACAAUAUUCAAUCGCAUGGACAAGUCGAAACAGUCUACUAGUCCUUUCCAGGGGAAUUCGGACGCUAGAACCGGUCUAAUGAACGCUUAUCUCAUGUACCGAAUGCCUUCAGCCGAAUUCCGAAGCGACUCCAUGUCGUUUUUGGACGUACUUCGACUAACACGAAACUUCGACGUGUCGGAACGACUUGAUCGAAUAUAUGCCGUUCUCGGCCUUCCGAGUCAACACACAGGGCCAGGAAGCAAGUCUAUACCCCCAGACUAUAGGCUACUUCCAAAUGGAUUAUACAGCCGCGUCUUUUACUGGGUUUUUCAAAGUCACAAGAAUCCCCUCGAGAUCCUCUCUGCUGUCCAACAUACAACAUUACUCUACCCCGACUAUCCUACGUGGAUACCACAGUGGCAUGUAAAGCCAAUCCGGAGUAUCGGUGGCUCUCAUAGAGCUGGCAUGAAGUUUGACGCGUCGGCUGGCUGGAACCCAAAGCCUCCGGCCAAACUUGUUUGGAAAAGCAACGAGCGGCAUUUGAUUCUUCAAGGGUUCGUCCUCGGGGCUGUCACAUCAUCCCACCGCGUGUUCCCUCAAAUGAACGCUAAGGAUCCUCGAGCUCGUCAUAAGAAAAUGGUGGCGCAUAACGCAGAGCUUAAUGGCUGGUUGAAUCAGAACGUGAGCAGCCAUAACGACAUCAACAAGCAGUUACCUCUCGUUUUAACCGCUGGUCAAGAUUGGUACGGCAACAUCCUAAAAGAGCAAGCUGCGAUAUGUGAGCAUACGGAAUCGUUUGAAAAGUGGAAGCACGAGUACUUCCUAAACAAAGUACCUCAUCACGGAGAUGCAGGUAGAUACGGACAGGCUAUGGGAAAUGUAUGUGAUGAACGACGAUUAUUUACCGUGACAAACCGCUUGCUAGGGCUCGGGCCAAAUCUUCUUAGGGAGGAAGAUGUAGUCUGUGUUGUUGCAGGAGGCCCAGUUCCUUAUAUCUUGCGACCUUUGGGUGACGAUACAUUUUACUUUGUCGGAGAGUGCUAUGUUACAGGAUACAUGUUUGGAGAGGCAGUGGUAGACUGGAGGUCACAAACACCGGCAUCGUUCACUUUGCGACAAUUUACGCUGAAGUAA